GCAAGCGCUAAAAGCUUCGCAGAAGAGAAGGAGGAGUUUUCAGCUGUUGUUUUGGUGAGCGGCUGGCUCGCUCGCUCGCUCGCUCGCUGAUCUUCGCGGGGCUUGUGCCGCGUUCGCCUGCGAAAAGCGAGCGGGCUUUUUUGUUUUUGGGACGCGCAAGCGGUUUGGGGUCGCUUUCUGAUGGAGGCUUUCCACCCGAGCAAGCUGGAGAAGCACCAUCACCAUCACCAUCAGCCGGUGGAGUUUUUGCCAGGAGGCGGCAGGUACGCGACUAAGAGCCACAGCGCCUACGGGAACGCGUUUAACUCUUGGAAUGAUUACCUGGGCUUGGCCACUCUGAUCACCAAGGCAGUGAGCCAGGAAAAGGGCUUUCGGACCGGAUCCUCUUCCGUGGUUGUGGCGGCGACCGUGCAGCAGGUCCCGGCGACCGAGGAAGGCGAGGAAGAAGAGGAGGACGAGGAGGAAGAAGAUGACGACGACGACGAAGUGGGAGCCCCUUAUUUCGAAAACUCCCUGGAUUUGCACGAUUUUGACUUGUGCGGCCAUCACCACCUUAACCCUACCGAAAGCCUGCUGGAGGAGCGUUUCGCCGAUUUUAGCCCCUUCUCGGGCAGAUCCAGCCCGGCGUCGGUGGUCUUCAAUUGCUCCCCUGACCAUCUGGAAAGAGAUCGCUCGCCUCACGCUUGGGGCGGCCGCCUGCUGGUAGAUGGCCGGCUACAAGCUGCCCCGAAAAGCGCCUCCAGGCUGCUGAAGCCGGAAUUGCAAGUUUGUGUUUUCUGCCGGAAUAAUAAGGAAGCCGUGGCCCUCUACACCACGCACAUCCUUAAGGGACCCGACGGCAGAGUCUUAUGCCCGGUGCUGAGGCGAUAUACGUGCCCUCUCUGUGGAGCCAGUGGGGACAAUGCGCACACGAUCAAGUAUUGCCCCUUGUCUAAAAUGCACGGUAGCGCCCCCAAACAACCGCUUAAAAACGCCCGGCACAUCCUGGGCAAGAAGCUCCGCUAGGGGGCGCUUCUCGACCCUUGGCCGCGUCAGUGUUUGUGGAGACAGGACUGCGGAUCAAAAGACAUUGAUUGGAUCAAGGAAAACAAAACCCACUGCGAUUCAUUCUUUUUUCUGUUCUCUUGCGCGCGUGUGCCCUCUACAGGGAUAUUAAAAAAAAGGCAUUUCCUUUUUGGUUUUUUUUUUUUAAACACUGUAAUCAAAUGUUUCUUAAUAUAUUUAAAUAUGAAGACGUAGAAUGUACAGAGAGAUGUUCUUGAUUUAUGUAUCAAAUAAUUGAGUAUAGUUUCUAGUUUGUAUAUGUAGUAGCCAGGGAGCCUGGCCUCUGAAUUAACUCUUAAGAAUGAUAACAUACCGUUUAGAGAUACUGUAUUUGUUUAUUGUGAAACUUACCAGAUUUUUAAAUGGGACUAAAGAUAUCUCUUAGGCAUAUGCUCCAUUUGCUGUAGCUUUGUUUAAUAUUCUUGGCUGGAAAGGGAGCACUUUUGAAUAAAGAAAAUACUGUCUUUAAACGAGGCAGCCUAAUACAAGUAAUAUGUAUGAAUCAAAUAAUUUUUAAGGAGAUGUUUGGCUGGUCCUGCAAUGGUUAUAAAGCAAGGUUGGAAAGAUUAAAUGUGUUGAAUUGGCA